AGCCCGCAGCUCUUCUGCCCCCAUCCAAGUGCUCAGCCAUGAUACGAAGAGGCUUCCAAGAGGCAGCAAGACUCAGCCGCCACAGAGCCCUUCUUGGUGGCCCCCACAUUCUGCCCAGACUCAACCCCACCUCGGCAUUUGGAUCCUCCACAGACUCCCUGGUCUCAAGAUUCUGCCCAGAGAAGACAGAUUUAAAGGAUUAUGCCCUUCCCAAUGCCAGCUGGUGUCCGGACAUGCUGAGCCUGUACCAGGAAUUUCUGGAGAAGACCAAGGCCGAUGGCUGGAUCAAACUGCCUUCCUUCAAGUCCAACAGAGAGCACAUCCAGGGGCUCAAGCUCCCAUUCGGAUUAGCAGCUACCUCGGACAAAAGUGACUGGCGCAUCUUCACCAGGUGCAUCCAAGAGGAAGGACAAGGAUAUGAGUAUGUCAUCUUUUUUCACCCAUCCAAGAAGAAGUCUGUCUGUCUUUUCCAACCAGGCCCCUACUUGGAGGGGGCCCCAGGGUUUGCCCACGGAGGGUCCCUGGUAGCCAUGAUGGACGAGACCUUCUCUAAAACUGCCUACCUGGCUGGAGAGGGGCUGUUCACACUAAGCCUCAGCAUCAGGUUCAAAAACUUGAUCCCUGUGGGAUCUCUGGCUGUACUAAACGUUGACGUGGACAAGAUUGAGGACCAGAAGCUUUACAUGUCCUGCAUCGCCCAGAGCAGAGACCAGAAGACAGUCUACGCCAAGUCCUCAGGUGUUUUCCUUCAACUGCAGCUGGAACAGGAGUAAGAGUCAUGCUGCGUUCUGACUGUCCUAUCUGCCUGGGACCCCCUGCAGGGCAGGGAGGGCUGGGGGGAAGCAACUG